AUGCCGCGCGUAUCUAUCGAGCGCCUGCUGCCUCCCGGGUUCCGCACGCAGAUCCCGGGUUCAGGACCUCUCGCUGCCUCCCCGACACUGGCCCCGCGGCCGCGCGACCGAGACGUCGGGCCGGUGCCCACCCCAGAGGGUUGGGGGCGGGGGGCGGGGGACGAGCACCGCAGUUCCUCGCGCGACCUCGCAAGCAGCCAGUGCGGCAGCGCGGGGCGAGCGCAGGGCCCGCCGGGACUUGUGGGCGGGACCGGGGCCGGAAGGCAGGAUGCGAACGUGCUGCGGGGCCGGGGCGCCGCUGCCGACGACAAGAUUCGCGAUGUCCCGCUGGCUAAGAAGAUCGUCACCGAGGUCGGCGGCGCCGAAAUCCUGCACAGGCUGACCUCCCAGGAGCCCCCUGUAACGACCUCCCCCAAGGCCACCCCAGAGCUGAGCUCCACCCACAGCCCCAGGAAUCCUGGGCCCCCGCCUGGGAACAGCUCCACCAGGCCCUGUCGCCCUGAGAUCCACCAGUCACCAGUACCAGGGGGUCUGGAGCUACUGUGUGAGGCAGCCUGUGGCCCCGGUAUGUCAGCGAGCUGGACCCAGGCCCCCGGGGGUCUUGAAGCCUACGAGAGGCAGGAGGCUGGGGCCCUGGCUCGGCUGAGCGUGCCGUGGGCCAGGUGCAACCCUGAAGGCUGGUUUCAGUGUCGCCUGGACCCAGGGGGACAGAUGGCCAGCCUCUACCUGGUCCCUGAAAUCUGUCCCCCAACAACAUCCGCAGCCCUGUGGCCGGGCAGCUUGGUGCUGGGGCUGCUCUUCCUGGCGUUCCUCACCCAUCGCCUGUGGAGACGCUGCAGGCCUGCUGGCUGA